AGUUCCCAACCAAUUCCCAAACCCAUCUUUGCCCCAUUAAGGCUGUCUUCUCAAGCUAUCCCAGUGUGACCGGAUUAUACAAGUGGUCCAAAAGUUAAGUGAUAGCCAGGAAAAAUUAAUGGGAAAACCUAACUUUAGGUCAGCAUGCGCAAUAGCAAAUGGAAAAUGCAGUGCCUGAGCUGUCAGCUCCCUGCGCCCUUAGGGACAGCUGUGUGGUAGCCGGGCUUCAUUUCCAAAGAGACUGCAGCAAGCCAACCAGGACUCAAAGCAGCUGGAACCAACGAUGAGUGGCCCAGCAAGCUUUCUCCUUUGCUCACUGCUGCUGGUGAUCCCCCAUUGCACAGAGGUGGCCACCCAGGAGGUCCAGCCCGACCCCAAAACACCGUGUGCCAACUGGAUGGGAGGAGCACCUGGCUAUCCUGGCCACAACGGUCUCCCCGGCAGGGACGGGAAAGAUGGAAAAGAUGGACUAAAAGGAGAAAAAGGAGAGGAAGGUCCGCAAGGUCCCAAAGGCGACCAAGGCGAAAUGGGAGUCCCAGGACGGGAAGGGCCGAGAGGAUUUCCCGGAUACCCAGGGCAGAAGGGGGAGAAGGGUGAAGGCAGCUUUGUCUACCGCUCCGCCUUCAGCGUGGGGCUGACGGAGCGAGCCCCCCACCCCAACGUCCCCAUCCGCUUCAGCAAGAUCUUCUACAACGAGCAGAACCACUACGAUGCCAGCACUGGCAAGUUCCUCUGCAGCAUCCCUGGCACGUACUACUUUGCCUACCACCUGACAGUCUACCUGACGGACGUCAAGGUUAGCCUCUACAAGAAGGACAAGGCGGUGAUCUUCACCUAUGACCAGUUUCAGAAGAACAACGUUGACCAAGCAAGUGGCUCCGUCUUGCUGCACCUCAGCUCUGGGGAUGAGGUCUGGCUGCAGGUGUACGGGGAGGGAGACAACAACGGAGUCUACGCCGACAACAUCAAUGAUUCCACUUUCAUGGGCUUCCUUCUAUACCCAGACCUGGAUGUCCAUUAAAGCAGGGGGUGCUGCAUGGGAGAGGAUGAGGUGGCUUAACCCUGAACAGCAUUCUGGGGCACUGGCGCUAUUGCUAUACUGUAUUUAGCAGAAAAUUGCCUUCUGCAGGGGCAACAAUUGCCAAGGGUGGACGCUAUUACCUGAAAAGUCAGUGAGGUAAUACAGAAGUGACUUCCAUGGGACCAAGGGUUCAUUCCUACCUUUGCUCUUGCUCUCCUUGUGGAAACCUGGGCCCAAAGUCAAACACCACACCUACUGCAUCAUGAGAGAGAGUUAGAUGGCCUAGCCUUUUUUUUAAAUUUAAAAGUGAUGGGAGAAAAAUUUGCUACAUCUAAAUAUCACGUUAUAAAUUUCCCUUUUUUAACCACUUAAAUUCAUUCAAACCAACGGCACACAUAUCAGCCAGCAUCUUUAAAUUUGAGUAGUAGAGGAAGAAGACUAUUCACGAAAGCUAUCACUGCUGUUGUUUUCAGCUACAACAGAUGGCUCCCUUUUUUCCAUCAUAACUCCCUGUUUUAUUAUGGUCUUUGACUUCUACCCAUGGCUUGUUGUCUCUCUUCUUUAGCCCAGAUCUUUAAAUAUAUUCAGAUUAUUAAUUUUCAUUUAUUUUAAUAAUUUUAUUUUCCUUUUAUGUUUAUCCCCAUCAUUAUGUCUAAUAUAGACAGCAUGCUUGGUUAAAGCAGGGAUCUUCUCUUUUGAUUUAUCUGAAAAGCCUUACAAAUGCUGGUGAGGCUACACAAGCGGCCCAUUGACCAUUUGGCUUUGGGGGUCCUGACGUCUCGGCCUCACAGUUUUGAUGCUCGGAAAUGCCAGCAGCUCCCCUGCAAACACUUGCCUGACCAGGGAGUAGAAUGUCCCUCAAGGCUCCUAGGCAAAGGGGACCUCAGGAUGGAGAUGUCCCUUCCCAAAUCACUCACCUGGCACUGGAAGUGAUGGCGCGAGUACUUGUUCAGCCCAGAGGCCAUCAGCAUAGGGCAUGCAAGCAGCACCUUACAGUUCCCACCUGCAAGCUGGCAGCAUCCUGUCCCAUCUCCCCUGUGAAUAGCUCCCAAGCACAGCCAGAAGUUGAGUAGCAACCAUGUUUUUACUUUUCCAUGCCAUGAGUGUGCCAACAGCACUGGUUGGCACAGCAGCUGGGCAGAGCUCCCAUGUUGAGUGGGCUUCUGGGCUGAACACCCCCAGGACCUGUCCCAGCUUUUGGCAAGCUUAGCCCAAUGGAGGAAGAGUAUCAAGGCUGAGAUUAAUAGCAAUCCCAUUAAACUGCUUUCCAAGGAGCUUGCUUGACUUUUAGCUAAAAGAGGAUUUGAUGGCUUCUCAGAUAUGUUAAAAGAAGACUCCCAUUAAACUUCAGAACAAGCUAAACCAGAUCAGAGCUAACGCAUUAUUACAAGCACAAAACAGCAUUAAGAGCUUCCACUGAAAUUACUUCCAAGAGCAGUAGCAUUUUCUACACUCUGGUGCAUUACCAUAUUACAAAUAGUAACAACAAUAAAAAACUCACUCAGAAUGCUCAUGCUUUUUUUGUAUGCGCUGUUAGGAAGGGUUUGAAGAAAGGGACAUUCUCCUAGCCUCAUUUUCCAGCAAGGUGGGGGCACACUGCCAUGGCAGACACAGGGUUACCCCUCUUUUGCUUUCCCAAGAAACUCCCAACCCUCCAGCUCUCAUCAAGGCUUCAGCAUCUCAUCACUUCACACUGUAUUGCCUCCUUUGGAUAAGAUGUGCUCUGGUUUCUAGACUAUUUCCCAAAAAAACAGCCAGAGCAGCUCUGCUGGCCCAAGAGGAUCCAGGCAUAUUAGAUUUAGCAAGGGCUAAACUGAUGCUAAAUCUGAUCAUGGUACAUUCAGAGAGCUGGGAAAAACUGUGCUCCUAUUGUGUGAAUUAAUGGAAAGGGAAUGGGGAAAGAAAAAAAACAACACACACACACAACUUCAAAAAACUAAUACAUAAACAAAUGGAGACUUUAAAAUGCAGCAGCUGCUGAAUCAAAUGGCAUAAGAGGCUUAAACUGAAAGGAGCAAGUCAGAGCUUUUGCAGUGUUGGGGUGUUUUGGUUUUUUUCAAAUAUUUUCAGAUAGAUUUUUCUGAAGACAGGAAAACCGAAACAUUUGGGAUAAAGCCCAAGAGGAAUUACUAAUUUAAAGACUAGUUCCCAAGAGGCAGCCAAAACAAAUUAUUCCUUUCCUUGCUACUACACAGCAGGAGCACGUAUGCAUAGAGUUUUAUUCCAUACACCAGGACUCAGAGGCUCAGACAUGGCUUUUUACACUGCCACGUACAUUCGAUGCCAUGUGCUUUGGGCCAGGGCAGAGCCCAGGAUUUCUGACCAGCCCCUGCAAUGGCUCCAUCAGCACCAUGACCCAUAUUGCUACAACUUCCACCCAGGCUAGCAGCAUCUCCCAUUUCAAGUCACCAUGGCUGUAGUCCAGGAAACGUGACAUGUAUUAGAAACUCAGGCCACACAGGCCCUUAUGGGAAAGUCUCAUUGAACCCCACAACAUAGUCACUAGCUCUCUGUAUUGUCCCACACCACAAUUCACCCUGUUUGGGAUGCUCACAGGUGCUCUCAGACCUCAGGGCAGAUGACCAGCACCCCAGGAGAGGCCCAGACUCCUGGUCACCCUCUUGGCCAUCAUAGCAGUAUAGUGGCUGGGGGCUACAAAAAGAACCAAAACAAGCCCCACAGCACAGACCCAGCCUGGAAGUCCCUGUUUCAAAGCCUGGCUCUGGUUUUGGUCCUGGGUCUUUGCCUGUCCCCACUGUUAGGGUGCUCAGGGCUCUGUAUCCAGAAGAAGUUUCACCUAAUAUUGCAGUCACUGUUACAUUCAUAUAUGAGCAGAAUACAUAUCUUAUAUGUACACACAUGCACAUUAUCACAGAUCAUGAGAUAACAAAGCUCCAUAAGAAUGCUGUAUAAAAGAUAUUUUACCUUAUUCAAUCAUUAAACAUGUAGCCUCUCUA